ACCGCCUCUGCUGCCUCUCCCGUUACAGCUCAGCGAUCGAGUUACGCGGCCGGGGAAAAUGUUGCAGUAGCGAGAGAGAGAGAGAGAGAGAGAGAGAGAGAGAGAGAGAGAGACUGCAGCAUCGCUCGAGACCGGCAGCAGCAGCAGCAGCAGCAGCAGUCCCAAGCAGUGCAGGUGAGAGGGGGAGAAAAAAAAAGCCAGAGGAGGAGGAGGCGCUUGUGGAGGAGAGAGAGACAGAGAGAGAGAGAGAGCGAGGGAGAGAGAGAGAGAAUGCGGGACUCUUGGAGAAAGACGCAUCUCCACUCUCUGUCCGUCCAUCCCGGACACAGGCUGCAAAAGGAUUACGCCAAACUGAUGAUGAUGAUGAUGUUGUUGGGAUCUCCCCGUUAGCCCAUCAAGAGAGGGCUCGUGUUUUGUUUUGUUUUUCUGUGAGAGAAAAAAUAUCAAGAGGAAACUCGCUCUGAAAAAGCACUCUCUUGUCUCAUCAUAACUUACGUGAAGGAAUCCGACUGCUUGGCACGUUGCUUUCACUGCAGGGGAGAAAAAAGAAAAAAAAAGAGGAAACACGUAUCUGGAUCUAAAGGUAAGAAAAGAAUCCAGUAGCAGCAUCCUAAAGACUUUUUUUUCUUUUACCAAACUGCUUUUUUUUUAAACUCCUCAUUUCGGGGGAGUUAAUUUCCUCGCCGUCCGGAGAGCCGAGCAGUGUGUUUUUUUGUUUUUUUUGUUCUGCUCCCUCUCCUUUCUCUCUUUUGUGCUGUGCUGCAUUGCAGUUUCUAACUGUGAAAACGCCAGAAAAGCCGGUGUCCCAAAUGUGACUGGAAUAAAAAUAAAAAAAAAAGAACUUACAAAUGGCAUUAUGAAGUGAUAAGCGUCCUCGUGUGACUAGAGCGGGAUAGCUGUGUGGAGAAAAGGAGUGCGGAAGAGUGAGGUGGAUUAAUCAAAGCCUGAUGAAUUAGUUUUCUUUUCUUUUUCUUUUUUGCAACUGCAGGAUGGAUUUUUUGUUAUCUACGUGGCCUGAACAGCCCAGUAAUACAGCGACGUUAUUCUUUUCAUUAUCAUAGAAGUUGAACAAGCACUGCUGAGGAGAAGAGGAGAAUCUAAAAAAAGAGAGGAGUCUUGCAACGCUGAAGUGAAGUACAGAGAGAGAGAGAGAGAGCGAGAGAGAGAGUGCCGGAGCUUUUCUCCGGACCUCAAGGCGGGCAGUCCGCAGAGAGCGAUACCUGGAGAAGAAAGCAAGGAAGGAUAAAUCAAACUCCCACGCUGUGAGGUAGCCUCGAACAGACACACACAAAACAGCAAUAAAAAAAAAAAGAAGACAAGCACACUGAGCUUGCAGGAGAGAGGCGUGAGGAAAGGAGGAAGCCAUGCAGAGGCUUGGUGCAGUGCACUCCUCCGCGGCGCAGGCUCUCAGCCUCGUGGUCUUAGUGCUGCUGCAGCUGCUGACUCAGCUACCGGGUGCCGACUCAGCUCUCCGGUACCGGGUGGCGGAGGAGGGCCCGCCUGACGUCAAGAUCGGCAACGUGGCCGCCGACCUGGGCCUGACGGCAGGUACAGGGAGCGGGGACGUCACCUUCGCGCUGGAGAGCGGCUCAGAGUUCUUCAAGAUUGACAACGUGACAGGUGAGCUGACCACGGGCCCGCGGCGCAUCGACCGGGAGAAGCUCCCACAGUGUCAGAUGAUAUUUGAUGAAAACGAGUGCUUCCUGGACUUUGAGGUGUCAGUGAUUGGCCCGCUGCAGAGCUGGGUGGACCUGUUCGAAGGCAGGGUUGUCAUCACAGACAUCAAUGACAACACACCUUCCUUCCCCUCACCUGUGCUCCAGCUGUCAGUGGAGGAGAAUCGCCCCAUUGGGACCCUCUACCUGCUGCCAACAGCAACAGACAGAGACUUCGGUCGCAAUGGCAUAGACCGCUACGAGCUGAUCCAAGAUGGUGGAGCCGGGUCAAGUUCAACGAGACGCACGGCGGGAGGAAACCCCAUCACGAGAAGUGAUGGCCCCGGGGACCGGAGAGGGAGAAGCGGAGAUAUCGUCGGAGGAGCCAGGAGCACCGUGUUUGAACUGCAGGUCGCCGAUAUACCAGAUGGCGAGAAGCAACCUCAGCUCAUCGUGAAGGGCACGUUGGACCGGGAGCAGAAGGACUCCUACGAGCUGGUCCUCAGGGUUCGAGAUGGAGGGAACCCUGCACGUUCUUCCCAAGCCCUGCUCCGUGUCUCGAUCACCGACGUGAAUGACAACAGCCCACAGUUCGAGAGGUCGACCUACGAGGCGGAAAUGGCAGAAAACGCUCCCCCGGGUACACCUGUCCUCCAGGUGAGAGCAGCAGACCGUGACAUCGGGGUCAACGGGCAGGUGGAGUAUGUCUUCGGAGCCGCCACCGAAUCCGUCAGACGACUUCUGCGGCUAGACGAGGCAACUGGAUGGCUGAGCGUUCUCCACAGGAUCGACAGGGAAGAAGUGGCUCAGCUGAGGUUCACGGUGACGGCCAGGGAUCGUGGUCAGCCGCCCCGCACCGACCGCACCACCGUGGUGUUGGCCGUCCGGGACGAAAACGACAACGUCCCAGUGGUAGAGAUCCGAAAGAUUGGACGGAUCCCUGUUCGAGACGGAGCAGCAUUGGUGCCCGAGAACGUCCUGGUAGACACACCGGUGGCCCUCGUGCAGGUGUCGGACCGAGACCAGGGAGAGAACGGGGCCGUGACCUGUACGGUCGUGGGAGACGUCCCGUUCACAUUGAAGCCAGCUGGUGAGACAGCUCUCCCACCGCUGCCUGCAGAUGAAGCCUUUGACAGGAACAAGAAAAAGUACUUCUUGCAUACGUCUGCCUUGCUGGACUACGAGGUCAACAAAGAAUACAGUGUCACCAUUGUGGCAGUAGAUUCUGGCAGCCCCAGCCUUUCCAGCAACAGCUCACUGAUGGUGCGAGUGGUGGACAUCAAUGAUCACGCCCCAACCUUUGCCCAAAGUGUCGUAGAGGUGCACUUCGCUGAGAACAACUCACCUGGCGAGCGUGUAGUCACCGUGGUGGCCUCGGACGCCGACAGUGGAAAGAACGCGGAGAUUGCGUACUCCCUGGACUCGGCUGCUAAUGGGCCCUUUUACAUAGACGCGGAUAAUGGCGAUAUCCGGGCCACUGGGGUUCUGGACCGUGAGCAGCGAGAGAGGUAUGAACUCAGAGUUAUUGCCAAGGACAAGGGCACUCCAUCCCUGCAAGGCUCUGCGACUGUUGUGGUCCAGGUGACCGACCGCAAUGACAACGCACCAAAGUUUGUUCAGGAAAUCUUCACUUUCUAUGUGAAAGAGAACUUGCUUGCCAACAGCCCCGUUGGCAUGGUCACUGUGACAGAUGCGGACGAAGGCGAGAAUGCAGAGCUUAGUUUGUUCGUGGAGAUGGAUGGAGUCGACGACAAGAAGGUGGAAGGAGAGGAAGGCCAGAAAGAGCGGGAAGAGGUGUUUUCCAUUGAGAACAACACAGGCACCAUCUUCUCUUCUGCAUCGUUCGACCGUGAAAGGCUUUCCACCUACACUUUCCGCGUCCGAGCUGUGGAUGGAGGAGAACCCCGCAAAACUGCCACCGCGACUGUCUCGCUCUUUGUGACGGACGAAAACGACAACGCCCCUUCAAUCACCUCUCCGGCAAACGAGUCCUACACGCUCCUUCCGCCUGCCAGCAGUGCCCGCACCAUCGUCAGGACUGUGACAGCCUUGGACUCGGACACCGGCCCAAACGCUGACCUGCACUAUGCCCUAGUCGGAGGAAAUCCCUUCAGACUGUUUGAGAUUGGCCACGCCAAUGGAGUGAUCACUCUGGCAGAACCUUUGGAGCGACGCCACAGGGGUCUGCACCGCCUGGUGGUCCGGGUCAAUGAUAGUGGGGCCCCCUCGCUUUGUGCCACUGCUCUGGUUCAUGUCUUCAUCAAUGAGAGCUUGGCCAAUGCCACCCUUGUGGAUGCACAGGUUGCCCGAAGUCUGAUGGCUCCGCUCUCGCUGGACAUCGCGGGCGACCCCGACAGCGAGCGUGCAUUGGGGAAACAGCGCCUGAGCGUGGCCAUCGGCGUUCUCGCGGGAGCCGCGGCGGUCAUCCUGGUCAUCCUCCUCGUGGUCACAGCGCGGCAGUGCGGCGCUCAGGGCAAGAAUGGCUACGAGGCGGGGAAGAAGGAGCCAGAGGAAGACUUCUUCAGUCCUCCGGGGGCUCAACCGCAGGUUGGCCGAGGCAGGGGAUCGGACCGGGGACGCAAGCCUCGCCGAGACAAACGCAACGGGAGUGGCGUCGGUACUACCGCGGGAGGAGGGAAGUCGGACAGAUCGCUCUACAGCGGUAUCGUCACGGUCAACGGGCUGCGUCGCCACGCCAACGACGACGACGAAGAGGAUUUGAGCAGCACAAGUGAGCGCCUGGCCGCCCGCUACUGCGUCGUGGACGGCGACCCCGGCAGCCCGCGGAUGGGCGGCGGCAGGAGACACCAGUCGAGCCCAGAUUUGGCCAGACACUACAAAUCCAGCUCGCCUCUCCCUGCGGUCAAUCUGCAGCCUCACUCCCCACCGGCGGAGGGAAAGAAGCACCAGGCGGUCCAGGACCUACCUCCCUCCAACACCUUUGUGGGCAGCGGCGGUUGUGUGGGGAGCGCCGGCUCCAGCAGCAGCAGUAGCGGGGGCAGUGGAAAUGCAGACGCCAUGUCCCUGGGAUCUGACCAGUGCUCAGAGUACGGCUGCCAGACUGGGAACAAGUACAGCAAACAGGGGACCCUCCGCCGGGUGACCUUCUCGGUAGUCAGCCAGCCCCAGGACGGCGGCUGCUAUGACAGCGGCCUGGAGGACUCGGAGACGCCGAGCAGCAAGAGCUCGUCGGGGCCGCGGCUGGGAGCGCUGCCGCUGCCCGAGGAGGGGUACGAGCGGACCACGCCCGAGGGCAGCGUCGGGGAGGAGGAGCAUGUGGAGAAUGAUGCCAGACAGCUGCCAGAUGUUGCCCUGACAGGAAAGUGCACCAGGGAAUGUGACGAGUUCGGCCACUCCGACACCUGUUGGAUGCCGGUCCGCCGCUCGUCCCCCCGCCAGCGCCAGCGCCACGGCAGCGACCCCCCGCGGCUCUCCACCUUCGCCCCCGGAGACGACAACAACAACCUCCGCGGCAACGACCACGAGAGCGACAGCGAGAGCGCCGGCAGCGCGGGGAGCUCCGAGCCGGGGGUGGUCGUCGGCGGAGAAGCCCAGCAGAGGUUACCCUUGGCCAACGGGGAUCCCCUCGGCACCUUGGGUCGGGGAGACCGCAACAGGAACAUGGGCGAUCACAACCGCAACCUCCUGAACCGCAAGAUGACUUCGGCGUCCUACGACACGUUCAGCAGCGCAGGCUUCGGGAGGCGCCAGCCGGAGGAGGAAGGAGGUGAGGGCCAGAACCCGACGGAGGUCAUACCGCUGACUCGGACAGGAGGGGACUACAAGACCACGUCCUGCCUCACGUUGUCGCGCCGCGAGGUCUACCUGUGACGGCCAUGCGAUGGAGCAAUCAUCACCACAACGUCCCCCUUAUUGAAAAAAAGAGGGAGGGAUCAAACCUUAACUGGCAGGUCAUUCGAUUGGACGGCCUCUCAGACCUGUGAAGAUGAGAAAACGUCCGAAAAGAUAAGCUAUAUAUCAAAAAUUGGAACUUUUUGGGAUCCUGACUAAUAUUUAUAGGAACUUUAACUUAAGGGAGUAAUGAAUCAACUCUUUGGAGAGCUCUGACUUUAAAAAUAAGUCUCUUUUUUUUAACUACUGGUGAACGCUGCCUAAAGGCAAAGCUCCAAUUACUGUAUGUCCAAUGUGGAGGAGGACGACUUCAUCUCCUUUUUUUUUUUAAAACCUGAACCUGAUGCAUGCCUGACCUCCCCCCCCCUCACAGAGGGGGGUCCGUGUGAAGAAGGGGAGAUUGACACUGAGAUAAUCAUGAUGCUAGAAACGACUCGCUUCUGACGACAACGACAAAAAACUUAACACAGAGGCUGAAGCACGGCGAGAUUUUGGACCCAACUGGUGGAAGAAACAAAAAAACCACUGAGGUCUUAUCCAAUCAGAACAGAUAAGGAGAAGUAACAGGUUAUUUGAUUGAGUUAUUUGGAUGUAAUUCAAACCGAUCAGACCGCCUGAACGCCUACUUGACUCUAUCCUGACAUGAGAUGGGGAUAUUAACCAAUCAAACUGCUGAGAAUCUUAUAAGUCAUAAACAAGGUAUCAAAGCACCAACACCAAGUGUGAUCACUGUACAGAAACACAGUCUGGAAAAGAAAGAAAGAAAAAAAAAAAAAACGUGCUGAUCUACAAAUCAGGUAUUGUUCUUAGAAAUCAAAACUGUUAAACAUGAAAAAAAAAAAGACUUUUUUUUUUUUUUUUUUUACAGAAAUCAAAUGUAACCAUUCAGACGACAAGGUUCUCAUAGCCUGUCAGUAGUGCCACAAUGUGAAAAAUACGUGUUUUUAUUGUUUUUGCCUUCACACCCAGUCUGUAUGUAUAUAGAGUACGUGUGUAUUUGAUAACGCAGCGGCAGGCAGCGUUAGCUAGCAUUAGCUCAGCGCCGCUGUCCAACAGUUCAGAAUGGACUGAGUUCACUGCUCACCUGCAGUAUCCUGACAUUCAUGUAUCGUAUAUGUUCUCACACACACACAUAAACAUAAACACACACAAGCAUGCACACACUCUCACACACACACACACACCCAGCAUGUAGACUCAUACAGUGCAUUAACAGAAUGUGAACAUGCAAAGGGCCGCAGUUUAUGACAUGAAUCAGUGGCUGUGUAACAUAAAUUAUAAGAUAACUUGCAUUAACUUUCAUACACACACACACACACACACACACACGUGCAGAUACUGCAUAUAGGUAGGAAGACAAACCCAUAUUAAUAUAUGCGAAAUUUCAUAUACACAAUGUGUGUAUGUGCUCUUCUCAUCAUUUCUUAGCAUAUUGCCUCUCAUUGAUCUAGCUGUAGCAUUUUUGCCUGCUCCCCUCCAGCCAGUAUUUAAACAUAAAAAUGUAUUUAAAUAACUCGUCAUCUCUCCGACUGACGUGUGGGGCGACAUUAAAGGGAAUUUUUUUCCAACAUGACAUCAACUGUAUGUAAUGAUAAGACUGUGUGGGAAUAUGAGAUAUUCUGCAUAAUGUACGUAGGACUCAUAGAAAAAACCAAAUUUAUGUAAGAAAAAAAAAGAAAAAGAAACAUGGACUCUGCAUGAAAGACAGAUAAUGCUAACUUUUUUUCUCUCUUUUUAAAUACCACACGCCUUUUUGGAUACCACGCCUAUUUGGAUACAUCUGUGCUAAUAUGUGUGCGCUAACGGGGAAAUGGAGAUAAUGAUGGCGGCAAGGGAGUCAGUGUCAGUGGAUUAAGCUGUUCCUUCUUUUAUCACGGAGCAAGUUUUUUUUUUUUUCGGGGGUUAACCUUGGGCCUCGAGAAUCUCACUUUGCCAGUACCGGGGGUUGGGCACGAGCGUGUGCCGCAAGCCGUUUUCAAAUAAGAACACAAUGUGAGUGAGAACGCAGAGUUCUGCUGCACCCUUCUUCUUCUUCUUCUUUUUUGUUUUUUCACCGCACAGUGCCGACCUGAACACGCCCAAAACCGCUGUGCUGAGCGGCACAGAUAACAGGCUCCUUCAAGUUCGUCCUUCCCAGCAGCUACUGCACGACUCCACAUCCACUCUGCUGCACUGGGCUGAAGGGUGGGUGUGGAUUGAGGCCAGCACAUCUUAAUUCCCAUCAUCAGUGUGUGGUUCAUUGGUGUGAUAGGGAUAAUAGGGUUAGGUCGUCCCUGUGGUCUUAAUGAGUUUCCUUUCUCCUCUCUUGAUCUGCGCUGAUCUCAUUAACGUCUGGAUUGGUGAAUGCUGGAAAAUGCCAGAAAGUAUGUCUCCUCAUUUUUCUGCUUGUUUUUUUGGAUCAGAUAAAAGAAAAGGGGAGACGUGCUUUUUUUUGUUUUUUUUUGUUAAUACGUGUUCCAAUUUAGUUUGUCGAUCUCUCAGCUUAAAGAUUGCAUAGGGUUAAUCAGAAAAAGAGAGCAAACACUCAGGUAAGAUGUGCGACAAUGUUUAACUCCUUGUGAUUUCUGGCCACACACAAACUUCCACACUGUUGCUGCUUUCCUAUCCCCAACACCGAAAGAGAACGUGGAAUCACCCGUCAAGUUUUGUAAUCGUGUUAUGAUGGUAAAGCGGCCGUGCUCUGGGCUAGAGGAAUGUGUGAUCUCUAUGUGCGUGAUAACUUUAUAUACCUGUAUAUAACUUCAACUCCCCCCCCCCCCCCCCGCUCCGUCACUGACCCCCUUUAGCUCGUUUCAGGCCACUGAUGUACUUACUCCCUAAGCCGUCAUUACCCUCAAAUCCCCAGCAUGGCUGUUUACUGAGCUCUGUUAUUGAGAGACUGUGCUUAGGAUGAAACAAAAAACUCAAGGCCUCAACAUGUGGAGUUAAUCUGUCCGUGGAGUGUUCACAUUGAAAAGGGGAUUGGUGAAAAACAAUCACAAAAAAACAUCCUGCAGGGUGUACGCAUGCACGCGGAGAGAGGCAGAAGGACACACACUCUCUCUCUGGGAGAAAGAGUUCAGAAAAAGUGUGCGG